AUGUACAGCGAUUUUGAAAAUGAUAAAAUAUUUUUUAAGUGUUGGAGGAAUAUUUUUAUUUUAAAAACUAUAUUUUAUCAUUUGAAAAUUUAUAAUAAAGUUCAUUAUUCUUUAAUAGAAAGGGAAAAACCAUUUUGUUUUGAUAUUGAAUCAUUAUCAAGAUUCAAAUAUCGAAAUUAUUUAAAUGAAAUUAUAAUUGGACCUUCUCGUUUUCAACAAUAUAUAAAUAAAAAAUUAUUUUAUCAUAAAAAAUAUUGUUAUAAAUAUAAUUCAGAUAAUUAUUAUGAUAGCGAUAAUGAAGAUUGUUAUUACUAUUUUGCAAUUAAAGAUGAUUCAGAUGAUUCAGAUGAGAAUUAUAUCCAUUUUAUUAAUAACAACAAUAAUAAUAAAUAUGAAAUAAAUAAAAAACAAUUAAUUUCAAGUGGAACUCACCAAUUUAUGACAAAUAAAAAAAGGAAAAUUAAAUUAGAAGAAGAUGACAAUAAUAAUAAUAAUAAUAAUAAUAAAGGAGAAGAAGUGGAAAAUAGUAAUGGAUUUAUCUGUAAUUGUUUUUCAUUUUUAAAAAAUGAUAGUAAUAAUAAAAAUAAAGAAAAUUAUUUAAUAACAAAAGGAUUAAUUCCAAAUUGUUGCAAUGAUUUAUAUUUAGAAAUUUCAAAUAAAAUAAUUGAACCUGGUAUAAUUCCAAAUUCAGUAAAAGAUUUAAUAAUAAAUGGAUGGAUUAAUAAUGAAAAUUAUAAUAAUAAUAAUAAUAAUAAUUUUAAUAAUUUUAAUAAUUUUAAUAAUUUUAAUAAUAAUAAUAAUAAUAAUAAUAAUAAUAAUAAUAAUAAUAAUAAUAAUAAUAAUAUAAAUAAUUUAAUUGAAGGAUCAAUUCCUUUUUCAGUAGAAUCAAUAGAAUUUGAAAGAAAUUUUAAUAAAUAUUUUAAAAAAAAUAUAUUACCAAAUAAUAUUAAAUAUUUAGAAUUUAGUUGGGAUUUUAAUAAAGAGAUUUCAAUUGAUGUAUUACCAAAAUCAUUAGAAUAUUUAAAAUUUGGUUAUAAUUUUAAUAAACCAAUAAAACAUGAAAUUUUUAACGGUAUAAAUAAUUUAAUUUAUUUAUCAUUUGGACAUUGUUUCAACCAAAUCGUUGAGGAAGAAAUUAAUAUUAAUCAACAACAACAACAACAACAACAACAACAACAACAACAACAACAAUUAUUAUUACUACCAAAUUCGAUAAAGUAUUUAAUUUUUGAACAAUUAGAAUUUGGAUGGGAAUUCAAUCAACCUAUUGAUUUUGAAUUACCAAAAAAUAUUAAAACCAUUGUUUUUGGUGGUUGUUUUAAAGGAUUUUUAUCAAAUUCAAUUUUUAAAAAUUCACUUUCAUUAGAGUCAAUAGAAUUUGGUAGGAAUUAUAACCAACCAACUAAUGAAAUUCCAAAAAAUAUAAAAUUAAAUAAAAAAAUUUUAAAAUAA